CCAGCAAGCAUACUGUAUUAUAUAUCACCCAAAAUACCUAACCCCAAAAAGCUAAACACCCAAGUUCUUGAUUAUGGAUUCAGCAUCAGUUGCCGACAAAUCCGAUCCGAAUUGGGGAGACGAUCCAUUAGCAACAGCCCCAGCUGUUCCGAGCUUAUCACCUGCUUCACUAGAUUGGUACGAUUCACAAAAGCGUCGAGACUGGAACACCUUCUUACAGUACCUAGGGAAACAGGAGCCCCCUAUAACUCUAGGCAGGUGCAAUGAAUACCUCGUGCUCGACUUCUUGAGGUACUGGGACCAGUUCGAAAAAACCAAGGUCCAUCUCACUGGGUGCCCAUACUUCGGCAACCCGGAGCCACCAAGCCCAUGUACCUGCCCACUAAGGCAUGCGUGGGGUAGCCUUGAGGCGCUCAUCGGACGGCUCGGAUCGGCUUACGUGGAGCACGGUGGACCGCCAGAAUCGAACCCGUUUAGAGCCAGAGCUGUAAGGGAUUAUUUGAGGGAGGUCAGUGAACGCCAAGCCAAAACCAGAGGGAUUUCUUAUAAAAAGAAAGAGGGGAAAUGUCCAACUACUGUAACGGACAAAACUGUCAUGGCGAGUAAAGGACAAGGAGGUAAUGCUACUGGUACUGGUAGCAGUGGCGAUGGAAGUGGUAGUGCUGCUCAAACAACAUCUACUACUACAAAGAGUAUCGUAUAUGGGGAACAUAUUGUGACAUCUUUUCUUAGGAAGCAACUUGUGUGGGGGACAGUGGAAAGAGUCUCAAAGGACAAUGAACCUGUUAUUGAGACUUUCCAGAAAGCCGUCCCAGAGCAUCACAACCCAGACACAUUGAAGAAACUAAAUGAUGCUGAAAAAGCAAAGAGAGAACUAGAGCAGCAAGGAUACUUUGAUACAGAAUUAGCUAAUGAGGAACAUGAGAAAGAAGAGAAAAGUGAAGAUGAAGUAGCAUCAGAGCCUUUUGGUAUGGUAAUUGAUGUUAAAGAAGUUAAGAUGACUGACUCAAGUGGACAAAAGAAAUUUGAAAUUGAAGAAAUUGGGAAUAAAGCUUCUUCACAAUUAAGACAACCAGAGGGUAUACAGCUUGAGGAAAUGCAACUGCAAGCAUCAAGUACUCUAAAACCUCAAGGAGUGGUGUUUGAUGUUGAAGCAGUUAAGAUCCUUAAAUCUAGUGAGAUGGAACCAGAAGCAAGUGAGCAACGUGGAUUAUUUCUCAUGCAGGGUGGUUUAGGAUUAACUAAGCCGCCAAACGAUGAGGAUUGGAAGAAUGCCAAAGAGAUUUACUUGAUGGACAAUGAGUUGUCUGAUUUACCUGAGAAUCCAAGGUGCCCCAAUCUGUCAGCUCUGUUCCUUCCAAGAAACUACAAAUUAAGAAUGAUUCCUCAGCCAUUUUUUAAUUUCAUGCCAGCCCUUCAAAUCCUGAACUUAUCCAGGACUGGUAUCAAGUCUUUGCCUGAUUCUCUUAUCAGAUUGGUAAGCCUCAAAAGAUUGUUUCUAAAUGAUUGUCAUCGUCUCAUGAUUUUGUCGCCAAAAGUUGGAGAUCUCAAGCAACUUGAGGUUCUUGAUCUUGAAGGGGCAAAUAUUAUGGAUUUUCCUAAGGAGAUUAAGAAUUUAACUAAUCUGACAUGCUUGGAAGUUUCAUUUUAUGGAUAUACGAGUAAUGGUAGGAGAACCAUGCAAUCAAAUGCUGUGGUUCCUUGUGGGGUAAUUUCUGCAUUGUCUCAGUUAGAGGAGCUGAAUAUUGAUGUAAAUCCAGAUGACGAGCGGUGGGAUGCAUGUGUGGAAGAUAUUGUUAAUGAAGUAUGUACCUUAAAGAGGUUGGAAACUCUUAAAUUCUAUUUUCCAAGGGUGGAACUUUUGAGUCACUUCCAGUGGAAUAGCCCAUCACUUUCUAAUUUCAGAUUUACUGUUGGUCACCAUGUCAAGCGCAUUAUGUCUCGAGUCCCUCCCGAUGCUGAGUUUGAGCUGGAACGAUGGGAGAGAUGCUUGAAAUACAUAAACGGUGUGGGUGUCCAUAGGGAUAUUAAGAAUGUACUCCAACAUGUGACCGCAUUUUUCUUGGACAGGCAUGCGACUAUUAAGAAGCUAUCUGAUUUUGAAACUAGAAAUAUGAAGCAACUAAAAUGCUGUGUCGUGGGGGAAUGUAAUGAGCUUCAAGUGAUUAUAGAUGCUGCAGAUGCAUAUGGGGAAGAUGGUAUAAGUGAAAUAGUAUCUGAAUCAUAUGAUGAUGAAAGAAUUGUUCUUGGAUCACUUGAACACCUGUAUAUAUAUUAUAUGAAGAGUUUAAGGAGCAUUUGGGAGGGGCCAGUACAACAAAAUUCUUUAUUUCUUCUUAAGUCCUUGACAUUGAGCACAUGUCCCCAAUUGACCACUAUUUUCACGCAAGGGUUGCUUGAUAACCUAUGCAAUUUAGGAGAGCUUAAAGUCGAAUACUGCCACUCCAUCAAAAGCAUUGUAAGCUGCGAAAUCUCUGCUGAGCAUGGUACCUCUUAUUUUCUCCCAAAUUUGAAGAAGAUUUCACUUCAUUGCGUGCCUGGAUUAGUUAGCAUCUCUAAUGGUUUACACAUUGCACCAAAGUUAGAAUGGUUGAGUUUUUAUAAUUGCCCAAAUCUUAAGAAUCCAUUAAUUGAUGAAGUAUCUAGUCAAGAUUUGAAAAAGAUAAAGGGUGAGAGGCGUUGGUGGGAAGCAUUAGAGUGGAGCAAUGGUCGUCCAGGUUAUUUGGAUGAAAUUUUUGUUCCAAUUGAAGCAAGGGAUUUCUGAGCACUUUUAAUGUUCCCUAAUCAAAAUUAGUCUCUGCAUUGCCUUAUGGAAGCUUAUUGGUUCAAUGUCAAUGACUGUAUAAUUGUUAGCUGAGGCAUCCUUGGACCACUUUCUGUUUGCUGUGUCUAUACUCUCGCCGCUGCUUUGGCGGUGAGACACUACAUUGAAUAUAGUCCCUCUAGCCCGAUGUAUCUUUCUCAUGCUAUUUGUGAAAAAUAUGGUGUGUUUAGGUUUCUGAUCCUCUAAACACAAUGCUAAUGAAAUCCAAGUUCUUGAAUA